GUCCGCGCGGAGGAGAAGCCUCGGAGGAAACGGACCAUAUACGGACCGCCGUGACGAAGGACGCAGAGAGGGAAGCGUUCAAAUCAGAGUGGAGGAGAGGCUACGAGCAGCUUCAGUGCAAAGAUCAGGACGCGGUUUUCCAAAAUGUCCUCUUCAAUGGAAGAAGAUGAGGAAGCGGACGAGGAGGUCCAGUUUGUAUCAGAAGCCUCCCACAGACCAGUGCUGGAUUUUAUUGAUAUACCGAGUGACAGCGACGAAGACAGGGGUUUGAGUGAAGUGAUUGAAGAUAAGAUUGAGCGACAGAAAGCCCAGGUCAAUUCCACGCUGGACCGGCUCAUGCGGCGAGUGGCGGCCGAGAAGCGGGAGAGAGCAGACAAAUGUAAAGCCUUUAAGGAGAAGCAGAUGUCACAAAGGGCUCACGGGCGUCACGAGCUGGCGUGUGCCGCCACCGAGAGAACCGACUACGACGCAAAGCGCUGUGUGGACAUGUGGUUGAAGAUGCCAGGUGUUCGACCCGGUGUGGUGAACGGCGGAAGGGGAAUGGGAAGGCCCCAGCGAGGCUCUUUCCCCAGCGGGAGCACCUCCAAGCACACCUGUCCAGUGGUCAACUGUGGGAAGGUGUUCGACAACAUUCCCCUCAUUGAAGGUCAUUUGAAAAGGUUCGACCACUCCCCGUGCGACCCCUCCAUCCACCUCAAAGGGAGCCCCUCCAAUGUCUUUGCGUGCGUCGUCUGCACCCGCCGCUUUGACACCCAUGGGGCGUGGAUGCUCCACCUCCAGUCCAAGGUGUCGUCAUCGGACCCCGGGGGCCACGAUAUGUCCCAGACCUGCCAGACCAUCGUGUGUUUCGCCUGCCCCGCCUGCUACCUGCUGUUCAGCCUCCGGGACGAGUGUCUCCAGCACAUGGCCGCCAAAAAACAUUACACGCACGCCCUCGGCAUGAUCAAGGAUUCGAAGGCGAGAGCAUUGCCGGUUCCCAUCCCUUCGUCUGCUAAAAGCCGCCUCAUCGAUUUGUGCAGCGGCGUGGAUUUCAACGUGCGGUGCAGCGAAUGCCGCAAAGUGCUGACCUCGCAUCAGGAAGCUCAAGCGCAUUUCAACGUGUGCUGCAGACAGGGCCGGGCCGUCUCCGAGGCGGAGAAGACGGUGGUGCAGAUGAUGAGGCGCCUGCUGCCGCGGGGCCAGUGCUCCCCCUGCUGCGAGCUCUUCCUCAGCCAGGAGGCGCUGGAGAGCCACAGGGAGGCCACCCGGCACGCCGUGGAGGUCAACCCGACGGCGGAGAUGGCCGUCCUCCAGUUCUGCCGCUUCAGCGAGAUCCAGCGCGCCCGCCGGGCCAAGGAGCGCGGGGGGCCGUCGGCGACGCCGCCGCAGCGGAAGAGGGCCGACGUCGGAGGGCACUCGGCCCCGGCCAAGAGGCAGCGGCUGGACUCGGCGGCGGACGGAGACGCGGGCGCCGCCACCACGCUGGCGUGGGUCUGCGAGUGCGGCCUGCACUUCUCCCAAGAGGCCGCGGCCAAGACGCACCUGAUGGCCGCCAACGAGGUCUUCCACCUGUGCGGCGUGUGCGGCAAGCGCAUGGGCGACCUGUCCAUCACGCGGCUGCACAUGUGCCGCUUCCACGGGGGCGCGCACCUCGCCAACUUCCUGUACCACUGCCGGCGCUGCAAGGUGGACAUGCCCCGCUACGAGGAUAUCCUCUCGCACGUGGCCGACGCCCACGGCGGCCAUGGCUACUUCGUCGAGCGGGAAGUGCCCCUGGAGCGGGUGGUCCCCGACGCCAAGCCGUCGACCAGCGGCACCGGCGGUCGCUCCGAGGCUCCGGCGGCCCCGCACCCAGAGCCGGCGCCGUGCCCCACGUGGAUGUGCCGGAUGUGCGAGGAGACGUUCGGCACGGAGGCGGAGGUGGGCCGGCACUGCGGCGACGUGGCCAACCACAGCUUCCAGAGGUUCGUGUGCGGCCACUGCCCCCAGAAGUUCUUCAAGGAGUCGACGGUGCGCCGACACUGCCGCGGCGAGCACGGCGGCGAGCCGGUGGCCGUGGCGUACUUCUGCGGCCUCUGCGACAGCAUGCGGUUUGAGCGGGAGGAGGAGUUCACGGAGCACUACGAGAGGCUCCACAGCAAGGACUACUACCGCGUGGACGACCACGGGGGCGGCGGGAGCGCGGCGGGCGGCGCCAGGUCCGGCGAGCACGGGGGCGGCGGCGGCGGCGACGAUGCGCCGGGUCCCUGUCCCUGCAUGGGCUCGGAGAAGGGCGACGACGAGAGGAAGGCGUUGUUCACGCGGUGCGUGAAGAAGCUGUCCGCCGAGGGACGGUGCCGAUACGUCUGCGCCCCGUGCGCCGUCACGGUGGCGUCCUUCGCGCGGAUCAAGACUCACGUCGCCACCACGCACCCCGGCCUGAACCUGGCCAAGACCUUCGACGUCGUGUGCAGCGCUUGCCUGGAGACGUUUGAGAGCGUGCCGACUUUCCACGAACACUUCCACUCGGAGCAUUGUCUCCUGGCCCCCUGCCGCGGCCGCGGGCGCAGCGAAGCCUCCACCCCCGACAGCAUACCGGACGCCCUGGAGGUCAACCCCGAUCUCAAAGGUGCUGGCGAUGUCAUCUUGGCUAAGGUCCUGCGCAUGGACGAAGGCGCCAAAGACGGGGCUGCCCAGGAAGGUGACUCGGAUGAAGAAUUGAUCCAUGCCUUGGCUUUAAGUGAGGCAGAAGCAAAACCGUCAACAGGUGAGGCAGACGUGGAUUUGGAACAAGCGUUGGCGAUAAGCGUGUCACAAACAAGAGCGUCACCAGACUUGGAAGAAGCGCUGCAGAGGAGUCUUUUGGAAUUCUAACGAGGAAGACUUCUUUAAUAUUGUCAAUCACGUGUAUGGUCAUAACAUUAUAUUUCAGUUGAAAGUCUAAUAAACUGCUCUAAAAUAAAGCUGAUAUUUCUGUGCCUUUUUUUUUUCUUUUGUAUUUGCAUAGCGAAGCGGUUUCAUUUGCCAACCCCUUCUGGUUCCUUGAUUUAAAGAACGACAGCUUAUUCAUUAACAUUUAUUUGGUUACACAAGGAAAAUCAGUAGAGUCAGGUAGUUCAGUUUUCUUUGCAAUUGCAUGGGAAACUAACCAGCUUAAAUUAUUUGCCAGAUGUCCAUGCAGGCUUCCAGUAGUUUUAUAGCACAAUGUCUUUUAUGUAUUUAUGACCCCUUUAUGUCUUUAAACUGACAAAAAUGUGCUUGAGGUUAUCCAAGUAUUUCACUUGGAACAAGUUAUACCGCUUGAAUCCCUUGUACUACAUGUUUCCCCUCUUCGUGUGUAAUAUGAAACGUUUCCUUUUAUACCGAUGUUCUAAAUGCAAUAGAUCACUAUGAAGCACAUUUGGGGCGCCCACACACACACACACACACACACACACACACACACACACACACACACACACACACACACUGCGCUAGUGGCACCUGUUGCAGGUCCAUUCACUUGAGCACAUGCAUUGCCCCACGUUGGCGGUGAAAACCCAUCU